AUGAGGAUCCGUUUCUAUUUCCUUGGCGCAUUCGUGCUACUCCUUCUAUUCUCUGCUUAUAUGGGACUCUUACCACAUAGCACAUCGAAUACUUUACCGACGAACCUACAACCCAACGAUAAAUUCCUGCACUUCAUAACUUUCUUCCUACUAUCUCUCGUGUUCUACUGGAUACCUGACACAUCCCGCCGAAGAGCUGUACAGGCCAGUCUCUUAGCCUGCACAUUUUGUCUCGGAAUCGGCUCUGAAAUAGUGCAAGGUCUACUCCCCAAUGACCGACUUUUCGAUCCCUUCGAUAUUGUCGCAAAUGUAGUGGGCAGUGUUGGAGCUAUCGGUAUCUGCGGAUGGUACCAUCGGCGCAUGUUGGAGAGACGGCGACAAGCACGUUUCGGUGCCCUGUCGGAUGACAUUGGAGGCGAACCUCAUGACGACGAUAUUGAAUUGGGUCUCAACAGUUUGGAAAGUACCCGUUUGCAUGAGGAUACGGGUCCGCAGGAGACCGGUGUCAUUACAAAUUUAGAGCGUGAAGUUGAUAACUGGGAUGAGAACGCUGUUGAUAACUGGGAUACGGAAGAUGGGUCCGGUCCUGACGAGGAGAAUGGCAAUGCGAAAACGAGGAAUGACUAG